AUGCCCCCUACUCCGAACAUGGGCAACGCCGACGAAAUGAGCCAAUUGCUGGGCGAGAAACAGCCCCAGUCUAACAAUCUCAACAGAAACAAGAGUUGGUUCCAAGAUAUUUCCAUUUGGAAUGCACUCAGCAUCGCCUUGUUUGUGGCGUCGUUGGCAAUGCUGUUGGCGACCCAUCAUGAACAAAACCAAGAGAACGGCCCGAGAAUUCCUACAUUUUCGACCAACUCGAAGUAUAGACAGGUACAAGGAUUGGGCUUUCAAAUCUAUACGGGAGGAGCACCAGCCCUUUUAGGUCAAAAUGGUACUCAGCACUUGAAUCCGGAAUGCGUCGGUUUGAAGAGUUAUGGUUCCAUGUGGACAGAAGAAGGAUACGAAAUGCAAUGCUACAUUGGUGAUCCUGACAACGAAAAAGACGCACAAAACCGUCUGAAAAUCAUGAAGGAUGCCGUGGAAAAGGCGUACAACUCCGCCGAUCACGACCCAAAUACUCUCAAGAUUUUCAUUGCCCCAGAAUUUUUCUGGCGGGGUAUUGACGGAGCAUAUGUGUUUAUGGACGAAGCGCCAGGAGAGUGGGAUGUAUGUGGUCCUGUCUGUCAAAUUCUAAAGGGCCUAGAAGAGAUUGUGGCAGACAAACGAUUUGAAAAUUGGGUGUUUAUGUUCGGAAGCAUCAUUGCCUCGGAAACGGUGGCUGAUGGUGGCGAAUUUCCUACCAUGUUUUACAAUUUCGCCCCGCUGUAUCUGGGAUAUGACCCAGAGAAAACAGACUAUCAUGGCAAACGUUUUGUCGUCCCCAAGCGAUAUGUUUCAUCCUCUGAUUUCUUGACACCUGUCCGCAAUUUGAACUCUUCCAUUUACGCGGAAAUAGGACAACAUCAAUUGCCUCAACAAGAGACUACAGUAUUCAUCGGGUUGAUGAAGAAAUAUGACAACCACAUGUGGCUCGACUUCAAGGGAGAAUUGGGCUAUAUUGGAUACAAGAUGAUUGAAUACGGCUGGAUGAUGUUGGAUGGCUUGUCGCUGUCUGUGGAAAUGUGCUUGGACCAUCAGAUGCGCAUCUCUUUGAAUGCCUAUCUGGCAGACAUUACUACUGGUCAAACAACUGAAAUCCCCAGCACAUCAAGUACCGGUUCUGGUGUUGAGUAUGUCCCAAUCCCCACGUAUCAAGCUCAGAUUGGCCUUGUUUCCAGUGCUGGAAUGACUGUGACCACAGAUUCCUUGGCAUUGACCGACCACGGCGUCAUCUUCUUGCAAGAUGGACUCAGCAAUGCUACCAAUCGCAUGUUUUGGAGCGUAGAAGGAUGCGAAUUGGGGCUUCAGUUUGAAGGCGGAACCGAAGCUGUUCAACGACAUGCUUCUAUUUCGUCCACAGAUAUUCGUUUCGAACACAACCCAGUUUUAGGAUUCCAACGUCGCAACGUCUACCAUCCAAGCAAGUGGGAAGAAUCGGUCAAACGGUCCUUUUCGACUCAAAAGUAUCAACCACAAUUGACCAUCUUUGAUCCAGUAGAUAUUGCCAAAGUGGCGGUGGAAUAA